GAAGUAGGAGGGAGGGGCUAAAAAUUCGCGGCGCAUAUUUGGCCGCCUGGAGAAUGUAGACAGCCCCGUGGACCGCUAGUUCUGACCCACGGAAGUUCUACAAACUACAUCUGAGCACGGGUCUCUAGGACCGCUCAGACAUGUCUAACAUACAGGUAACGGUCCUCAGCGCAGCCAACUUGCCAAAUGUGGAAAAAUUCGUCGGCAAGAGCGACCCGUACGCGACACUUGACUUCCAAGGUGACAAGAAGAAAACAGAGGUCAAAGAAAAUGAGUUGAAUCCAGUCUGGGACCAGACAUUCAGCUUUGACCUUGGAGGGAAGGCUCUGGACCCUUCGGACAGCCUGACAGUCAAUGUCAAAGACUAUGAACGUGUGGGCAGAAACAGGUUACUGGGUGAGAGUGUGGUUCCCCUGCGGGAUGUGAUAUCAGCACCGAGUCACUCCUGUGAGCUGAACCUCACCCUGCAGGAUGGUAACAAGCGACCCACCAUGUCGACUAUCAGCCUGAGGAUCUCGUACCAGCCACCUGCCCAGGAAACCGCACCUGAAGCACCUGCUGCCGAGGCAGCUGCAGAAGGUGGAGAGGUGGGUGACUUAACCUAUGAUGAGGGAGGUACAGAAGAGGCCCUACAGGAAGAAGGAGGUGUGGUCAGCACAAAGGGUGGCAAAACCUCCCGGGGAGCCGCAAGGAGGAAAUUGCCUGGCAAUCUGUCCAAUAAGCCCAUGGACUUCCAGAUACGCAUCAGGGUUCUGGAGGGACGACGAAUCGCCGGGUCCAACAUUUCACCUGUCUGUAAAGUCACCGUAUCCAACCAGUCCAAGCAGACCAGAGUCAAGAAAAAUACAGACAGCCCUUUCUAUGAUGAGCUUUUCUUCUUCAACUUCCACGAGUCCCCUGCUGAGUUAUUUGGAGAAAUGAUAGAAAUUCAGGUGUUCAACUCACGCAAACUUCGUUCAGAUGCCUUCAUUGGCUCCUUUAAGCUGGAUAUAGGGGUAGUCCACAGACAACCUAACCAUGCCUUCCUGCGCCGCUGGGUCCUGUUGAGUGACCCCAAUGACCCGACUGCUGGUGCUAAAGGAUACGUGAAGAUGUCCAUGAUAGUGCUCGGACCUGGAGAGCAGCCUCCAUCUGAGAAAGCAGAAGGCGAGGCAGAAGUUGAUUCUGAUGACAUUGAAGCAAAUCUUCUUCGCCCGGCCGGUGUGGAACUCCGCCCUGCCAUGUUCAUCUUCAGGGUGUUCCGAGCAGAGGACAUUCCACAGAUGGACACGUCUGCAAUGCAAGGCAUCAAAAAGGUUCUGGGUGUCGGUGAGGUUAAGAAGGAGCUCGUGGACCCAUACAUGGAGGUGCACUUUGCAGGACGCAAGGUUAACACCAAGACUUUGUAUAAUUCAGACCAUCCAGACUGGAACCAGGAGUUGCGACUAGGAAUGCGGUUUCCUUCUAUGUGUGAGGUCAUCAAGCUGCGUAUCAAAGACUGGGACCGCGUCAGUGCUGAUGAUACUGUUGGUACAGGCCUGCUGAACCUGUCCAUGGUGUCCUGGCCUGGGGAAGAGGAUGGAUUCCUGCCUUGCUUUGGACCCUGCUUCAUAAAUAUGUACGGUUCAGUUCGUGAAUUUCGGACCUUGCCAGAUGAAUUUGAUGACCUGAACUUGGGAAAGGGUGAGGGUGUUGCCUACCGCGGUCGUGUCAUGGUGGAGCUGCGGACAGUUCUGGGAGAACUUCCUGACCCAAAACUGUCUGUAACAGACAUCAGUCCAGAGGAUCUCAUGGUAGUGGAGGGCUUUCAGCGCUGCCGUAAGUACCGCCUGCUGGGAAUCUUCAUGGACGCCUCCAUGAUCUGUGAGAUGGAAGCCCCGGUGGAGUUUGAAGUCAGCAUCGGUAACUAUGGCAACAAACUGGACACCAACAUCCCACCUUCCUCCUCAACAACCCAGCCCACCAACGCAGUGUUUGAUGGGUGUAAGUACUACUUCCUGCCGUGGGGCAGCACCAAGCCUGUCGUCGUGGUCACAUCGUUCUGGGAGAACAUCAGCUGGAGGCUGGAGGCCCUGAACAUGUUACACAAGACCACAGAAGCACUGGAAGCCGACCUGAUGAAGAUCAACAUGGGUUUGAAGACUAGGAUGAAUCGAGCAGAGCUAACCUCCCACUGUGUCGGGAUGCUGGACAGGCUCAUCGCAAGAUGCAAGAAACAACUGCCAAAAGCCGAGGCAGAGAAGGGUCAUCGUGACACAGAGCUUGACAGGAACAUGGCCAGAAUGAGGAGGAAACAGUUGGACAAUGUCACAGCUGAAGCCCAGGCACUGCGGGAGAAAAAUGCAGAACCUGAGGAGGUUUUGGCAGCAGCCAUGGACUACUGUCAGACUCUCAAGGACAUCAGUAUUGAGCCCCAGAACAGCAUCCCUGAUGUGAUGAUCUGGAUGAUCACAGGCGGGAGUCGGAGAGCGUACUGCCGCAUCCCGGCACACCACGUCCUCUUCUCCACCAACCCUGGCUGCAGCGGGAAGUACUGCGGACAGCUGCAAACUAUCUUCCUCAAGUACCCCGGACAGAAGCACAGCAAGACUGACAUCCCCGCCCUGCUGAGGGUGAAACUAUGGCUGGGGCUGCAGACGGACCAGGAGCACUUCGACCCCGGCACCACCGAGGGAGAGGUCGCCGUGUUUGCAGAGACGUACGAGAAUGAGACCAAGGGACUGCUGGACCCCUGGAGCCCCAGUAAGACGUUCCGCCCCCACUGGUCGGACGCAGACGGAGAGUUGAAGCUGAAGAAGGACAGUUUUGUUCCCCCCGAAGGUUGGGAGUGGGACGGAGAUUGGUUCAUCAAUCCUGAACUCAGCCUGCUGUAUGACAGGGACUCCGGCCACAAGCAUUUCUUGGAGGACAUCUACGAGAACCAGAGCCGUAUCCCAGGGGGCCACUGGGUUGAAGCCACCACGUCUUGGUCGGAUGUCCGCGGAGAUUCCUGUCCAGCCAAGGAGGAGACGGAGCUGCCCGAGGGGUGGGAGUGGGAGGAUGACUGGCAGAUGGACCUCAACAGGGCUGUGGAUGAGGAAGGUUGGGAGUAUGCUGUAGAGUCCACCCUGCUGGGUUGGAGUCCUGUGGAGAGGACCUACCACAUGUGCCGGCGGCGGCGCUGGGUUCGCAAACGCACCUUUGUUGAGGACCAGAAGAUUCUUGCCAAAAAGGUUUCAAAAAAAUGGCGCAGGCCAAAACAGAAAGGCUGGGAGUACGCCCCUCUGUUCACCAUGCGUUUCCACGUGAAGAAACGGAAGAUGGACAUGGUGAGACGUCGGCGCUGGCACAGGAAGAUGACGGCACCAGACAACUCUGCCACCGCCAUCUUUGCCAUCGAAAGUACCAGACUGAGUCCUGGAGAUGAUGACAGCGAUGAUGAUGAACCCAAAGCUAUCGCUGCACCAAGAGUCUUCCUCAGUUAUGACAAGCCUCACAAAUAUCAGCUGCGUUGUUACAUCUAUCAGGCUAGAGACCUGGAUGCUGCAGACAAAGACAGCUCCUCAGAUCCGUUUGCGAGUGUGAGUUUCCUGACUCAGAGCCAGGAGACAGAGGUGGUACAGAACAAGCUGAGCCCUGUGUGGGACCAGACUCUACUGUUUGAUGAGAUUGAGAUCUAUGGUGACCCCGCCAACAUGGAACGUGCCCCACCGCACGCUGUGGUGGAGCUGUUUGACCAUGACAGCUUUGGUAGUCCUGAGUUCCUGGGCAGAGCUGUCACCACGCCGAUGGUCAAACUCAGCUCUGCUGACUCCCGCUCUCCCCGGCUGGAGUGGUUCCCGGUCAUGAACGGCACCAGACAGUGUGGGGAAAUACUGGCCACAUUUGAGCUCUUCCUGGCUGAUGAUGAUGAGCUACCGUUCCUUCCUCCCAAACGUGGGGAGGUGUACAGUGUUCCCCCGGACAUCAGACCCCUGAUGCAGCGCACGGCAAUAGAGGCUGUAUGCUGGGGAGUUAGGAACAUGAAGAAAUACCAGCUCUCCAGUGUCAACUCACCAAGUGUUCAGCUGGAGAUAGGAGGGAACAUCCAGGAGACAAAAGUCAUCAAAAGUCUCAAGAAAAAUCCAAACUUCGAAGAGCCCCACCUGUUCUUCGAUGUGUAUCUGCCUAAAGAGGACCUCUACAUGCCUCCUGUCAACAUCAAGGUUUUCGACAACCGACAGUUUGGCCGCAAACCGCUAGUGGGAGUCCACAUGGUGAGGUCACUACGAGACUUCAUGGCAGAGACAGCGGGCCAGCUGGCAGAUACUACCGAACCAGCAGUACUGCCGGCCACCAUGGACAACAUUUCUCUGGAGAUUGAGGGUCCAUCAGACCAGACCAUUCCACAUGAGAAGGGUGGGUCAGCGGCAGAGGGGAUGGACUGGUGGUCGAAGUUCUAUGCCUCCCUUGGUGGGGAGUAUGCAGACAAGUGUGGGGAUUACCUACAGACUGGACUGGACACCAUACAGGUGUAUCCCCAUGAGUUGGAGAAGGCUGAACCGUACGGUGGGUUCCGUGACUUCUGCAGCACCUUUCCUCUGUCACGAGGGAAGACUGAUGAGGACGAGGAGGCAGAAGAGGUGGUGGGAGAGGUCAAGGCCACCUUCAGGAUAUACCAGCUCCCCCCGGAUCCUAAAGCCGAUUUGCCGCCGCGCUUGUUGGGGAACCUGCCCGGUACUGGAGCGGAGGAGUGCCUGGUCAGGAUCUACGUCGUCCGCGGGAUGGACCUGCAGCCGCAGGACCAGAACGGCCUGUCUGAUCCAUACAUCAAGAUCAAGUUGGGAAAGCACAAGAUCAGUGACAGAGACAACUACAUCCCCAAAACACUGGACCCCGUCUUUGGCAGGAUGUACGAGAUGAACGCAACCAUUCCCGUGGAGAAGGACCUGACCAUCACGGUGCUGGACAUGGACCUCAUCAGUUCGGACGACCUGAUUGGUCAGACCAUGAUUGACCUGGAGAACCGCCUGCUGUCCCACCACAGACCCACCUGUGGCCUCCCCAAGACUUACUGUGUGAGCGGCCCCAACAAAUGGAGAGACCAGCAGGACCCCAAGACAAUCCUGGAGAACCACGCGCGCCGGCGGAAUCUCCGGGGACCCGAGUACGAGGGAACCAACCGACUCCACCUGGGCAACAGGGUCUACAGUCUGGAGCAGUUUGAGGAGAACAGUAUUCUCCAUGGAGACCUGGGCCCAGCCGACCAGAGGUUAGCUCUUCACGUCCUGCAAGCGCAGAACCUGGUCCCUGAACAUGUGGAAACUCGCUUCCUCUACAACCCACUACAACCUGAGAUCCCACAGGGAAGGCUACAGAUGUGGGUGGAUAUCUUUCCCAAGUCAUCCGGUCCUCCCAACCCUGCAUUUGACCUGACACCAAGGAAACCCAAGAAGUAUGAGCUGCGUGUGAUCGUGUGGAACACCAGUGAUGUCACACUGGAUGAGACGUCAAUCACAGGCGAACAGAUGAGUGACAUCUAUGUCAAGGGGUGGAUGGCAGGGAUGGAGGAGAAGAAGCAGAGCACCGAUGUUCACUACAGGUCGUUGGACGGAGAAGGAAACUUCAACUGGCGCUAUGUCUUCCCAUUUGAGUACCUGCCAGCUGAACAGGCUGUGUACAUUUCAGAGAAGGAGCACUUCUGGAGUCUGGAUGAGACCGUCAGUCAGGUUCCUCCUAGACUCACUGUGCAGGUCUGGGACAACGACAAGUUCUCCUUUGAUGAUUUCCUUGGCACGUUGACCCUGGAUCUUCACAAGAUGCCAGUUCCCACCAAGACGUCAGGAAAGUGCAGCAUCAAGCAGCUGCAGGGGGGCAAAACUGUGGACCUGUUUGAGCAGAAGAAGUGCCGCGGAUGGUGGCCGGCUUAUCUGAUAGACGAGGACACCCAGGAAAUGACUCUCACUGGUAAAGUGGAGAUGACAGUGGAAGUGCUGCCAGGAGAGGAGGUAGACGCACGGCCUGCUGGGAAGGGUCGCGAUGAACCCAACAUGAACCCCAAGCUGGAUGACCCUCAACGGCCCGAGACUUCCUUCCUUUGGUUCACCUCUCCCUUUAAGACGUUCCGUUACAUCGUCUGGAAGAACUACAAGUGGUACUUCAUCGGAUUCCUCAUCCUCCUUAUCAUCGUCAUCCUGGCUGUCAUCUUCAUCUACUCCUUCCCGAGUUUUGCUGCUAAGAGGCUGGUUGGUGCAUAAUGAGGACGACUGGAUAUUUUCUCAGGCCUACAUUUGGGAAAGGGCAAGAAGAAGACCAGACAACAACACACUUAAUAUAUACAAGGCUGUUAAAGGGUGUAUCAUAAGCACCAAUACUAUUUUGUGUUACAAACUUCACUAUAGAUUUGCUGUUUGGGACCAUCACAGCAUAAGUAAUCUCUAAUUUUAUCAUAAUAUAAGAAAUAAUUCUAAAAGCAAUGCAGCAUACUUUUACAUUUACCUACACUUUGCAGUAGGUUUUGAAGAAAUAUUCUGGGCAGACCUACAAGUAAAAAAAAUAAAAUAAGAGAAUGGAGAAUACCACAUACUGUUCCCUAGAGUAGAGUUAGUUGCACUAUGGUGCUAUCUAGGAUGGUGCAACCAGCAAACAUUUCAGGUCACAUUUUUACAAAAGACAGAGAUGGUAGGGAAUCAAACAAGCCACCAAAACUCAUUGGUCAUUGAGAUGUUUUAGACAUAGGUCAAGGCAAUAAUGAGCAUUUACUGAAAGAGUGUUGAGAAAGCUGCCCAGUUUCUUCAAUGCAGAAUUUAAAUGUCUCUCAAAGCCUUUUCUAUCUGGAAUGCCCACUUAAGUGAGACAUUGGUCUGCUUAGUGAACCUGUCCACACUUUCCUCUGAUAUGUUGCUGUAGCUGUCAUAUCCUUCCAUUGUACACCAUAUAUGUGGAAUUAUGUUUGUUUUGUAAAGGAGAAAGUUAUACUUGUGUUGGCCGUAAUAUUUGCUAAUACUCAUGGCCUCCGUAACAACAUAUAUUAAAACGUAUAAGAAAUGGAAUUAAAUAUCUUUUUAUGUUUUAGUCAAUAUUUUAUAAUAUAUAGGGUGUAGUUUCAUCCUGUAGGUUUAGCCAUUUCCUGCAAAUCUGUUGAAGUGAGCUGCUCUGUAUCCUGUUUUUAUUACCAGUGUCCAUAAGUUGGCUGUUCUGUAGCAGUAUGGUCUCACUUGUGGUGGAUCUUUGCACAAUUUUGAUGCCGUAGAAUUUUGAAGCAGACUGUAAGGGAAUGAAUUGUUGAAAGGGAUCUUAACCAGGCUUUUCCACAACGGGACAGCUGAAGUUUCACAGCUCGCAGACACAUGCACGACUUUCUUAAGAUUUGCCCAAGUUUGGAUUCAUGCCACAAUUGCAUGACCCAAAUUUUUUCUGUGUGAUAUCUCGGGCUAAUGGUGGCAAUAUUCUUCUGACAGGAUGUUUUAUGAACUUUAAGAAGUGCCUUUUUGCAAGGAUGUGAUGCAAAGUAAUGUCAUAGCUGAAGUAAAAUAGGAUGUGGAUAUUUAGAUUUGACAAAGUCUGCAAAAUGACAUCUAUGCAUGUGUUUAUUUGAAGAGCAAAGCACAUGUACAGGUAGGCAUUCCUGUUGCACAAAAACAUUUGUCCAUUAUCUAUGACUUUGCCUCUAUGUUGUUCUGGACGUUACGUUAUUACACCAACUCCUACAGGAAUGCCAAUGUUAUGUAUUGUCACACUAUACCAAAGGUUCUCAAUACAAGAUAGAAAAUUUCAUUUCACAUAAUAGAUAGUAUUACAGAAGUUGAACGUUUCCAAAAUUUUGUGCUACAUGUAACGUUAUGUGAUAGUUUGUAACUUGAGUCAAUGACUAAAGCAAAAUAUAGACACAAUCACGUAAACAAAAAGAUGAUUUAGUUGUGAGGUUAUGAUGUUAAGAUAUCUCCACUCUUACUGUACUACUACAUUUCAUAGUUUGUAGGAUGCCAGAUCAUAGAUCUUUUUACCUAUUUGCAUUAGACUGAUAAUUUAGAGUUUUUAUGAAGUAGCUAAAGAAUUAUUAUGGCAUUUAGUAUUAAAUUUUAUUUACUUUUUUAGAUUAAUAGUAGUACAUUGUACGUACAGUUACAUGUAUUUAUGUCAGUGAAUCACUCAUGUUUUUAUGUUCCUAUCCAGAGAGUGAAGGAUGCAGAGAAUUCUUAGUUUUGAAUGAAGGAAAAUUGCUAAAUAUGCACGAUUCAAAGUAGAGUGAAAAAAAAUUGUGUGCCAAAAUAGUUCAUGUGGAUGCAGAGAAUAUAUCUUGAUUUCCAAUUUGAAUCUGAUCAUAGUUAUUCAAAAUCAUCUACUUUUAGCAAACCUCAUUUAAAGCAUCAUCAAUAAAGCAGUCUUCUUCAACCAUGUG